UUUGUUUCUCUGGAGAGACUUUGGAUGGGAAGGAGAACUUUUGCACGGGCAGGAUCAGUGUUGUUGUGGUGUUAAGGAUAUUACGGCUCAAAUACCUUGCUUUCCCACCUUUCAACAGGCAAGAUAACGGACUAGUGUCAAUUUCUUAUCUACAGCGCAUUUUCCUCAAGGAGAGAUGAGCUUUUUAUUUGGAAGCCGCUCGUCAAAGACGUUCAAGCCGAAGAAGAACAUUCCCGAGGGCUCCCACCAGUAUGAGUUACUGAAGCAUGCAGAGGCCACGCUGGGCAGCGGGAACCUGCGCAUGGCUGUCAUGCUGCCCGAUGGAGAGGACCUUAAUGAAUGGGUCGCAGUCAACACUGUGGACUUCUUUAACCAGAUCAACAUGCUGUAUGGGACCAUCACAGACUUCUGCACUGAGGAAAGCUGCCCACUAAUGUCUGCUGGACCUAAAUAUGAAUAUCAUUGGGCCGAUGGAACCAACAUAAAAAAGCCAAUUAAAUGUUCAGCUCCGAAGUACAUUGAUUACCUGAUGACUUGGGUCCAAGAUCAGCUUGACGAUGAGACGCUUUUUCCUUCAAAAAUAGGGGUCCCUUUCCCAAAGAACUUCAUGUCGGUGGCCAAGACCAUUUUGAAGAGACUCUUCCGUGUUUACGCUCACAUCUACCACCAGCACUUUGACUCUGUUAUCCAGCUGCAGGAGGAGGCGCACCUCAACACCUCGUUCAAGCACUUUAUCUUCUUCGUUCAGGAGUUUAAUUUGAUUGAUCGGAAAGAACUAGCACCCCUUCAGGAGCUGAUUGAGAAGCUCACAUCCAAGGACAGAUAAAUCUGCUGUUCCUAUCUUCUCUAAUUUCUCUGUACAGGCAGCCUGGCUUUGUUCUCUGUGUUUGAAAGGUGUGUGGGAAUGUUUCCUUCAAGAGUUGGAAUAGGCUGACUCCAAAAAAAAACAAAAAACGAAAAUAAAAACACUCGAUAAGCCACAGCUCUAAACAUAGGUCAAGGUCAUAGUGGAAUUAUACUCCUUUUGACGUCGUCUCAAACACGAUCUAAGUGCCUGAUAUGUCCACUUUCAAAAUUGCUAGCAUUUGUAUAAAAGCACUACCACUGGCUAUAAAACGUCUUCAUGAUUAUGCUUUUGAUUUUUUUUUAGGAGUACAUUGAUGAUAAUUAGUGGUAUGGUAGCUUUUUUUCCUCUUAAUGGAUUUAUUUAGAAGUUCAUAGAUAUAAAAAGUCCUGAAUGAAGCAUUCGUUGAUUUUUCACAGAGGUGAAGAUGUUUCAUUUUAACUGCUCCCUGUGUCUCAUGACAUGUUUGGGAUUUCCGUUAUCUAUUUCAGUAGUAGAACUGCUUUGUUCACUUCAGUUUUUAUUCAGCCCUCUAUGAAUCUCUCCUUAUUGUAAGACAUUUCAGUUAUUAUGGAAGAACACUGGGCCCACAGUUUGCCUGCCAUUGCUUUUAAACCACUACAUUACUUUUGAAUAAGUACUUAUGUUGAUGAGCCAGGUUCUCUCCCAGACGUCAGGGGUUUGUCUGUUAGAAGCUGGGAUGAAAUGAGCUGACUAUGCAAGAUCGGUAUAUACUAUUU